CAUAAUACACAGAUUAACGCGUGAUUUUAUUACAAGUUUUACAUAAGCCCAUAAGAUACUUUUGUUUUAUUAUGUGGGUGGUGAAAACUAAACGAAUAUGUUGAUCAUGGGAAUGUCAAAUUACAGCGCGUGGUUGAGAGUUGAGACCCAACAAAUUGCCCACCACCACUCCAGACACCCACACUGCUUCUUUUAGCAUUUUGCUCCUAUUCUCUCUCCUCUUUUCUCUCUCCAAUUUUUAUUUGCAAUCUAAGCUUUACAUAAAGAAUUCAUCUUUAUUAAUUUUUUAUUUAAGUUUCUCUUCUAAAUUUCCAGAUUUUUUAUACCCAAAAGUUAAUAAAAGUUGCUUAACAUGUGCCACAACAUUUUUGAUUGAUUGUCUUCUUCCUUUUCUUAGCCCUGUAAAUUCAUCCCCUUAAAACUAUAUAUUAAAAUUUAAAUAUAAAGUAUAAAAGGGUAUGUUGUUUUAAUGGAGGAGAGCCAAAGUAGCUGUUUUUCUUCGUGUUCAGGUAAAUACUAAAUAAUACAAUACCCAGAAUUUGAUAUUGGGAGUAUGAUUGAAUAAAUUUUGAAGGGUUUAUUGAUCUGGGGUUUUUUCAGCAUGAAUUUGUGAAAAAAAAAAAUAAAAAUUGGUAUUUUCUGUGAAAAAAGUGAUUGAAAAAUGGAGGCAGGAAGCCCACCCCAGAAAAAGAUGACAAAACAGUUGACUGGGAAAAGGGAUGAUACAAAACUUCAUUCUGCAGCAAGAGCUGGUAAUUUAGAUGAAGUAUUGGAUAUAUUGAGUGGAAUUGGAGAGGAUGAACUGAAGGAAUUGCUGAUAAAACAGAAUCAGGCAGGUGAAACAGCACUAUAUUCAGCUGCAGAAUAUGGGCAGAUUGAAGUUAUUAAAGAGUUGAUCAAGUAUUAUGAUCCUGUUGCUGCUAGCAUCAAGGCUAAGAAUGGAUAUGAUGCAUUUCAUGUCGCGGCGAAACAAGGGGAUUUGGUGACACUCAAAUUGCUAAUGGAGACACACCCUGAUCUGUCCAUGACCUAUGAUACAUCCAACACUACUGCUUUGCAGACUGCUGCAACACAAGGGCAUAUCGAGGUGGUGAAUUUCCUGUUGGAGUCAGGGAGUGGCCUGGCAACCAUUGCUCGGAGUAAUGGUAAGACGGCUUUGCACGCUGCUGCGAGGAAUGGGCAUGUGGCUGUAGUGAAGGCUCUCUUGGAGAAGGAGCCUGCGAUUACAACAAGGACCGAUAAGAAGGGACAGACAGCACUUCACAUGGCGGUGAAGGGUCAGAAUCUUGAGAUUGUGGAAGAGCUGAUUAAGGCUGGUCCUGCUUUGAUCAAUAUGACUGACAGUAAGGACAAUACAGCAUUGCAUAUAGCUACAAGAAAAGGCAGGUGUCAGAUUGUAACUAGAUUAUUAGCUGAAGACGGAACAGACACCACAGUUGUUAACAGGGCUGGUGAAACUGCCCUUGACACCGCCGAGAAAAUGUCGCAUCCACAGAUUUCAGAAACCCUCCGGGUGCAUGGGGUUCAGAGUGCCAAAGUUAUCAAGCCUCAAGCAACCAGUAAAAAUGCCCGUGAACUUAAGCAAACCGUGAGCGACAUAAAACACGAAGUCCAUCAUCAGUUAGAGCACACUCGCCAAACAAGACGUCGUGUCCAAGGAAUUGCAAAACGGAUCAACAAGAUGCACACUGAGGGCCUCAAUAAUGCCAUCAACUCCACCACCGUGGUUGCUGUGCUCAUAGCAACUGUUGCUUUUGCAGCCAUAUUUACUGUUCCAGGCCAAUAUGUUGAUGACCCGAACAAUAUACCUCCGGGAAGUUCCCUUGGAGAAGCAAACAUUGCACCAAAUGCAGCAUUUAUAAUCUUCUUUGUUUUUGACUCGAUUGCCCUUUUCAUCUCCCUUGCUGUUGUCGUGGUUCAAACCUCUGUAGUAGUUAUAGAGAGCAAGGCGAAGAAGCAAAUGAUGGCAAUCAUUAACAAACUCAUGUGGUUGGCAUGCGUUCUCAUCUCCGUGUCAUUCUUGGCGCUGUCUUUUAUUGUAGUAGGAACUAAAGAGAGGUGGCUUGCCAUUGGGGUGACAAUCAUAGGAACAACAAUCAUGGUGACUACUUUGGGUACCAUGUGUUAUUGGGUGAUUCAACAUCGAAUGGAGGCAAAGAGCCUUCGGAAAUCCUCCCUAGAAAGCCGGUCAAGGUCUUGGUCUGUCUCAGCAAUGUCUGAUACAGAGAUUUUAAAUGCAGAAAAGUUCAAAAAAAUGUAUGCAAUUUGAAGUCUCUAAAGCUGUAUGUUGUAUUCUCUCAAGUCACAGACUCACAGCAGCUCCAAAGCCUCACAGUUACUGAUGCAGCAUCACUAUCCUAUGUAAAUUCUUCCGAGCUCGUCGAUCAUUUGUAAAUUUAUCACAUUUUUCUGCAUCAGUUUUUCAGCUGUUUAUAUCUAUUAUUAAUCAAAAUCACCACGGUGGUAAGUACUAAGUGGUGACAGAUUAUAGGGAGGGAAAAAUAAUAAGAGCUUUUUUUGUCCAAGUGUACCUAACUUACGUACAAAAUCCUGAGGCCUUCUGUAAUUUUGCUAAUCUCCACUUUGAGUGUGGAUAUAUAAUCAAUACUGUACUUUUAUCACUUUUUA